AUGCCAGGCGGACACGGUUCCAGUUCGAGACAUCAUAAACUAACUCGAGAAGAAGAGCUUUUGUUGCAGGAUUUCAGUAGGAAUGUCUCCACAAAAUCGUCGGCACUUUUCUAUGGAAAUGCCAUGAUUAUUUCUGUCAUUCCAAUUUGGUUGUUCUGGAGAAUUCAUCAAAUGGAUGUCUAUGAGUCAGCUAUUCUCUUUGUGUUGGGCACAAUCCUCAGUUGUUAUUUAGUUGCGUUUGCCUACAAAAAUGUCAAGUUUGUGCUCAAACACAAGGUUGCACAGAAAAGAGAAGCUGCCGUCAAUAUGGAGAUGAUGAAGAAACUUGCAGAAGAUAAGAAGAUGAACAAGAAAGAAAAAGAUGAGAGGAUUCUCUGGAAGAAAAAUGAAGUUGCUGACUAUGAAGCCACAACUUUUUCUAUUUUCUAUAACAACGCCCUCUAUCUGACAUUGCUGAUCACCAUCUCAUUUUUUAUGCUGAAGAGUCUCAAUGCCACUUUGUAUCCUUUUUCAUCGACUUCAUUUUAA